AAAAACUGUACGCCGCUCAAUCCGUCCGCACCCAUCAUAUCCAUGGCUCUUCCUUGUGUGCAUGGGGGAAUGGGUAUAAUUGGUUAUAAGAAUCAUCUGAAGACAAAUCCAGAAGACCAUAAGACUCUAUAUGUAAAAUAUCAUGUAAAGUUAGGGUUUUUGAGUGGCCUUUCAACCAAAAACCACCACCAGAAUCUCAGCCCUUUCUGUCGUCAUUCCCACUUUUCCGGGAUGGGUGCGCAGCCGCCUACGGAAUUUGAAGACUAUGCUUUUCGUCGACACAAAUCACAAAUGUUUCAGUUUCAGGGGUUUGAAUCGUACGAUGAUUUGAUUAGCCCCUUCGUUGGCGGAAUUGCACCCUUCCCGGGACCUUUGGAUGGUCCGAGGCUUACAGAAGCCGCCCGUAUGGCUGUGGAGCUACACAACAAUCAACAGUUGUCCUAAUUUAAAUCUUGAGUUUGUGAGAGUGGUCGGGGCAAACUCACAGCUUGUUUCUGGUAUAAUGUGGUAUAUCACGUUUGAGGCAACUGAUGCUGGUGUGAAGAACACUUAUCAAGCUAAGGUUUACUCUUCUAUUCAAAAGAAAUGGACAUUAUAUCUGUGUAGGCUUGCUCCUCAGAUACCUCUUGUUAAGAAAGGUGAUGGGGAUGAACCGGGUGAAGAGGAUCCCAACUCCAGCUCCAAUGCGUUUGGGGGGUAUAUAUUCUAUUGAUGUCACACUUGCUUAAAUAACAGGAUAGGAAAAGUAGUAAUUUUUUUUUUUUUUUUUUUUUGGUGAUGCUUACCUUGACAAAAACUGAGUCUCACUUUCAAGCCGCUAUGUUCUUUGAACGCUAAUUCAGUAGUACAAUGUUGACUCAAAUGUAUGAAAUCGACUUGAUUUGAGUGA